AGGUAGAGGAGGCACUUUGCCUCUGAGCUGAUUGGUCCAGGAACAACCUGGGCAGUGGCAUGGGUGAGAGUGCAGCCGCUGUGGUGGAGCGGUUACUAUCUGCCAUCCAUGUGAAAACUGCUCUUGGCUGGGAACUGUGGGAGUUCAGCUGAACCGUUGGAAUACAUUGUCUUCAUCUGGGCGCACUAUCCCAUCGGUGGCGUUAACAGGGAAGGAAUUCCUCUAUCACAGCUCCCACAACAAAGAAGAAAGGGAGAGGAGCAGAGCUGGUGGGAGGAGAAGUGAAGUGAAGGCAGGGAGGGGAGGGAAGAGGAGAGGAGGGGUGCACUGGGAGAGGAGGGCAUUGUUUGUCUGUGACUGUGGGCAACGGAAAAGCAUGAGUUAUCAGGACAUGUGUGUGUUUAGAAAGUGUGUUUGUAUGUGACUGUGUGUAAAAGACUGGACUUGUUGGGGGAGGGAGUGUGUGUGAGGGACCUACAGUAUGGGAUGUUGGAACUCUGAGACCGUUGAAAGGAUGCCCCAACAAAGCUGGAUUUUUUUCUUCUCCUUUCCCUUUGAAUGGUGAAUGAGGGUGAGCUGGAUUCCUCUACUCACGCUGCUGGGUUCAGCUCGGCUUCAGGGUAGCUGAGGAAUCAUCCGCUUGAAUGGCCGAGGGGCCUUACCUCGCCUAUUACCUCUCUAGCCUGUGGGCUAAAGGAUUAUGGGUAACCUCGCCAGCCGGCCCAGCUGCCUGGGCCAGAAAUCUAAGCAAGUGAGAACAGACGAGGGCUUCUUAAAGGAGUGCUACCAACGACGAAAGGAACGGCAGCCAGCCGAGAAACAUGAAGCAGUCAAAGCGGAUUACAUCGACAAACUCGGGGAGGAUGGAAACAAAGAAAAGGAGGUGGAAAAAGAAAAGGAGAAACAGGAAAUUGAAUAUAAAAGGGAAGAUGGUGCUCAUACUCCCAUUUCAGAUGAACCCCUUCAAAGCUCUCCUGCUUCCACAAUCAGAAGUAGCAGUACUCUGGAAAAUGCCUGGCACAACAACCCUUCUCCAAUAAAAACAUCUAGAAAUGGAACUCUAACAAGGAAGACAGUUCCUCUAGAGUUUGCAAGAUCUCCCUUGGCUCAUCCGGAUAAGAAUGCUGCAGACCGGAGGGCCAGUUUCCAGAGGAGGGACUCGAGAGAAGGAAGCCCCUGGUCCUGGAAGACCAUGGCAUCACGUGAGGUCACAGAAGUGACUGAGGUGACGGAGACGACUGUCACAGAAAUUGUGGAAGUGACAGAAUACCCACGUGGAGAUAAAGGAGGGAACCCCAUAGUCACCAGAACUGUUAGAGUGCUGAACGGUGUUGCAGAGGAACUCGCUGAGCUCCAAAGGGAUGGACACUCAGGUUCAGACCCAGAUGGUAGUUUGGAAGGAUGGAAGGGAACAAAAUCUGCCUUGGCUCUGAAGGAUGUGUCCAUGGAUACAGAGACAUUCCUCCAGAACCUGGAGGCUUUGGUCACAUGGGUCAGUGAGAUUGAGGAGCUAACAGCCAGUCAAAAGCCUCCAUCUUCAGAGGUUGAAGUCAUCAAAGCACAGCUACAAGAGCAAAAGCUUUUGCAGCGCCUCUUGACUGACCGAAGGCGCAGUGUGAACUCCAUGUUGCUGGAGGGUCCUCGGUUGGUAGAGGCCCACCCAGGAGAGGAAGGAGAGCAGGCAAAGGUCAAGCUCUCCACUCUCACACAGAAGUGGGAGACCCUGCAGCUGCAGGCAGAGAAAAGGAGGGUGAAUCUGGAGCUUAUUCUGCCCAAAGCUCAGCAGUUCCAGGACGGCGUAGAACUCCUCCAACAGUGGCUCAUAUCUGUGGAGCAGACGUUAGCCGAACUACGAAACGCAGAGAGAGUGAUGAUGCACCUUUCAGAAGCCACAGAUAAGGCCAAGGCUGUUGUUGAUGAGAUUCAAGCCCAAACAGCUGAACUUGUUAAAAUACAGAAGUCAGCUGAUAAUUUAAUGGAAGCCAUUUCAGAGGAGGAAGCUCAGCAGGUACAGGAGAAGAUGGACUCCCUACGUAUUCGCUGCUCCGUACUCAGUCUGAGCAGUCUGGAUGUGCUUCAGAGGCUAGAGCAGGCCCUGGAAGCCUCCAGCCGCUGCACCUCCAGCCAGGAGGACCUCCACCUGUGGCUGGGCCGUAUUGAGAGGGAGCUCCUUGGAGCAGCAGGAGCUCAAACUCAUUCAGGAGAUGCGGUACUAUGUGCAGCUGAGAAACAGCGGCUGGAGCAGGCUGUGGUAAAAGAGAUGGCUUGGUUCAAUAACACGGCACUCAGUCUUGAGAAGCUAAAAACCACUGAUCUGGAUCCAAAGGUCAUAGCAGAUCAACUCAAUGAACAGAAGAUUUUAGCUGUAGAGAUUCUUCAGCACAAGUUCAACAUUGAGAAGAUGGUGAAGAUUGCAGAAAUUCUGAUGACUUAUAGUGAUGAAGGAGAAGCAGAGGAUCUUCAGACCACCGUGGAGGCUCUACAGGAACAGUGCAACACCACCUCAGCCACCAACGCCCACGUGGUUCUGCAGCUUGAGCAUGCUCAGUCGCUUCUCACCCAGUUCUCUGAGGGUCUUGCUGAGGUGUCUCCCUGGCUAGAAGAAACUCAGACUGUCGUUGGACAGCUCUCCCUGAGUACAAUCAGCUACGAAGCAUUCCGGGAACAACAUGACCUCCUGCAGGGUCUCAGAGAGUCCAUAGCAGAGCACCGGCCUUUGAUUGCGCGCCUAUGUGUCACAGCGAAACGCUUGUCGGAACUAAACCCAGUCCAGGGAGAUCGGUUCUACCAAAAAGCAGUGGAGGCUGAGGAGCAGCACAAAGCCAUCAGAGACUGUGUCAAAGAGACCGCCACUCUUCUCGAGGAGUCUUUACCACGAUUCACUCAAUUAAAUGAAAGGAUGACUCUCAUCAAAGAGAGUCUUGACCGCCUGUGUGGUCGCAUACAGACCCCCACUUCUCUUCAAGGCCUCACCCCGAGGAUCCAGGAGCAGCUUCAGGACAACAAACAAACCCUUGCUGAGCUGUCCAAGCUGGAGUUAGGUCUCAACAGCCUCAAAACUCAGGCAGAUGAACUGCUUGCAGACACCAAGGCAGCAGGGGAUGGAUCCAUUGGAACAGCAAUCCAGGGGCAAGUAUCCAGCCUGUCCCUUCUAUGGGAUGAAACAUAUAAACAGGCGCAAGAGAGGGAGAACUGGCUGCUCAAGGUCUUGGAUCUUUCUAUGAAGUAUUGGAGGGAUGUCAGCGAAGUGAUUUCCGGUCUCAAUGACGCUCAACAGGCUCUAUUGGAUCUCAAUGCCAGUCAGGCAGACUCUGAAACAAUCUGCCAAAGUCUUGAAUCCAUGCAGCCUCUCAGGGAGUACAUAGACAAUUUACAGGGAGAUUUGGACAUCCUCGGGGUUCUUGGAAUGGACCUGAUGGUAGCAUGCGGGGAUACAGACAAACCAGAUGUCACAAAGAGCAUGGAUGAACUUUAUUGCACUUGGAACAACUUAAGCAAACUUUGGAGCGACAGUCACAAGAAGCUAGAGGAGUCGUUACAAAUGGCUCUGCAUUACCAAGACACCAUGCAGGCUCCUCACCUUGGCUCCACGUAG